AUGGUGUUCAACACGCGGGACCGCAUGGAGCGCCCCAAUCAAGGUCAAAAGCGUCGCCGCGAGGAUGAGCAGGACUAUAGACAUGACGAUUACCACACCAGCUAUGCCGGAACCAUGCCGAAGAAGCUUUGCUCAGAAACGCGGACUGGCAUCCGACCGCCUCGAUCUGAUGGCAGAUCUAUGCUGCCACCUCCAUCCAGAGCUCCUCGGUCUCUUGACACUCAAGGCAGCAAGCAGCCACUUCCAGCGCGCCGAUUCCCCGAUACCCUUCUCAUUCCGCCGACAAACAACCAAAACGACCCAUCUGUUGCGCCGGCCAAGCCACCCACAGGAGCCAUGCUGCCACAGAAACCACUUCUGCCCAUGAGUCGCUGCUAUACCGGUCUGCAGCCCAACGGCGUGAGAAGAUUCAACCGCGACGAUGCCUAUCCUGGCCUCAUUGUGACAGUGCCAUGGCACGUCACCGCCCUCGAUCCCAACGCGGAUCCGUCGAAAGACGCCAACUUCGUGCAGGCCAGACCGGCCAAAAUCAGCUCGAAGCGUCGGAUGUGCGUCGUCAUCCGGGCGGGACGCAAGUCUUUCUUCGCGUUGCCUGUCACUAGUCAUGGAGAUCGUGGUAUGGGACACCUUUCAGCUGCAGCUCGCGCCGAGCAAAUCCCGCUUCGCGAAUCCGGCGACCAACUGGAGUGCCAUGAUUCGAAUCAGGACUUUAUCGAGGUGACUACAAACGGAAAGGGUGGUGUCGGAAGGAACAGUAGUGUCGAUCUGGAUGGCGGCGCUCAUGUUCUAUACGAGAGCCACAUUCGCUCGGUGGGAGAUGUCACUCGCAGGGGAACUGCUUACCUCAUGAAGAAGUAUGACAAGCUCAUAGAGCAGGACAACAUUGAAACGCUGAAGCGGGAUCCAGUAUUGGCAGAAUACCUGGAGGUGAAAAAUCCGGGUGAUGCGGAGCGACGUUGA